CCGGAACCCCCCUCUUCAAAUGCUUCGUCCCUUUCCGCGACCCGGCCCCGGCGCCUGAGAGGAGCACUCGGUGGGGGUGGGCGUGUAGGGCAGGGGGCGCUCGGUCCCACAGAGUGCAGCAGAUAGGGCUGGUCCCGAGGAGGCUGCGGCCCCAGGGAAUGGGCGGGUGCGAGGUGUCCAGGGAGUAGGGUCGGGUCGGAGUGGACUGACCACCGGGCCGGGAGGGUCCAAGCCUGGAGCGGAGCCUGCACCCUCCACCACCCGCUCUUCAGGAAUAUCAGAACUGAGCCAAGAGGCAGGUGCACCGGGAAAAUGUGUUUGAGUUCUGCUUGACAGAAGGGAAACUGAGUCACCAGCUUAGGAGCCGCAGGAUCAGCGGGCCUGAAGGGGCUGGGUCUGCCCGUGGUGCAGAGGGGUGGGUGGGCCCCUGUGAGCUGAGGUGGCCUCUAGCUGGAGAUUGGUCUCUGCUGUGUCUGCACCUCUUGGCUCGGUUCCCUCGUGCUCCAUGACUCUAUCGUCUCCUGGCAGCUUUUUGGUUUGGAGUUGUCCUGUGGUUGGGUCCGUCUGAAUGUGUAGGGCCUAAGUCAAGGUGGGAGGGGAAGGGUCACUGACUUACAGCGGGAUGUAGGUUUGAGUAAGGGUCUGAGGUUGUGGAGAGUUUGGUAGAGACUUUCCUAAACUGUCCUGGCCCCAGUCCCCUUCCAGUACAGCAUAGAAGAGCAGCACUAACAGAAGAGCAUGGGUUGUAAAUUCCAUACCCAGCUCCACCACUUUCUAGUUGUAAGACCUUGGAAAGGAUCUUCCUUUCUCUAAUUUCUCUUUUAGAAAAUUUGAAUCAUAAUACUCUUCUCCCCCAUGAAGAUAGUAAUAAUGGCAGUCAUUUAUUGGAUGCUUAAUUUGUGUCAAGCACUGACAUAUUCCACUUAAUUCUCCCAAUAAUCCUAGCAGGUGGGGAUUGUUAACUGUUUUACAGAUACAAAAACCGAGGCUCAGAGAGGACAUGUAAUUUGUCAAGCUCUCACAGCUAAUAGGUGGCUGAACUGGGGUUUCAGCCUAAGUCUGACUGUAGAACCUAUGGCCUUAACCAGCAGGCUAGGCAGCCUUUAGGGCACAUUCCCCAGUGAGGGAAGAAGAAGGUGAAAAAUCCUGGGGUCCCAGCUCCCUGUGAUGUUGUGGUCAGCAGAGACUCACCCUCACCCAAACCACAGUGUCUCUAGUGCCAUUGCCUCUGGGCCCCAGGUGGAAGGAGCACCAAAGAAGUAGAGCGGGCUGUAGCUUCUCCUUCUCACAGUGCUUGGGUGCUAGACUCCGGGGUCAGCUUUCAAAAUAAUUGGUAUUUCAGUCCAUCAUCCACCCAUCCUCCUUAAUGGGUAACCUCUCUCUAAUGAGCCAGUCCAUAAGAUGCAGGAGGCAGGGUCUCAGAGCUUUGUAGUCCCAGCUCCUUCUGCACCCAUCCCCAGAGCUGGGGCAGUAAGGCACUGUGGCUGAGGCUGGUCCAGUUACUUCCUAGUGACAAGGAUUACGCAGUGGGAAAAACAGUAGACUUGGAGUUCUGAAACUUUUCUGAGCUUCAAUUUCCUCAGCUGUUAGGCUGGUAAAACCUGUCACAGGGAAAGGUAAGAAAACCAUGUGGAAUCCUCUAGAAUGACACAUAGGAAGUGUAUAAUGAAUAUUGGAGGAUCCAUCAUAGAGGUGAUCUAGAAUAGAUUUUUUUUUCUGGAGGAAGGUGCUCCACAGCCCUCCUGUAUCUGAAGCCAGGGGGGUGGCGGGAAGGCAGCAGGGUAUGGGCAGGCUAGACUUUGGGGCACUAAUUGAAUGAGGCUUGUGGGCUGUGAGGAUUUGGGAGAAGGAAAGGCAGUUUGGUUUUAUUCCCCCAUUGCUUUAUGAGGAGUCUGAACUGGCCUAGGGAGUCUCUGGCUUGGGGUGGGACUCUGUCUUAGUCCCACCUCAGCAGUGACCCCAUGUAUGUGCCUCUCUCUUCUGCAGCUGUUGCCGCUCAGCCCGUGUCUUCUGGCCACUUCCCUCUUUGCUGCCCCUCCCCACAGGCUCCCCCUCUCCACCUCCUGGGGGCCAUCAUGAAUGGUGCCCCUUCCCCAGAGGAUGGGGCCUCCCUCUCCCCUCCCCCGCUACCGCCACCCCCUCCCCCUAGUUGGCGGGAGUUCUGUGAGUCCCAUGCCCGGGCUGCUGCCCUGGAUUUUGCCCACCGUUUUCGCCUCUACCUGGCUUCCCACCCCCAAUAUGCGGGGCCUGGGGCGGAGGCCGCCUUCUCCCGCCGUUUUGCCGAGCUCUUCCUGCAGCACUUCGAAGCUGAGGUGGCCCGGGCCUCUGGCUCCCUCUCACCACCCAUCCUGGCUCCCUUGAGUCCUGGUGUGGAGAUCUCACAUGACCUGUCCCUUGAGAGCUGCAGGGUGGGUGGGCCUCUGGCUGUGCUGGGCCCUUCUCGAUCAUCUGAGGACCUGGCCGGCCCCCUCCCUUCCUCAGUCUCUUCCUCCUCUGCAACCUCCUCAAAGCCGAAGCUAAAGAAACGCUUCUCCCUGCGCUCAGUGGGUCGCUCCGUCCGAGGUUCAGUCCGUGGCAUCCUGCAGUGGAGGGGCACCGUUGACCCUUCCUCCCCAGCUGGGCCCCUGGAGACCUCAUCAGGCCUCCCAGUCUUAGGAGGAAACAGCAACUCCAACUCCUCUGGCGGGGCUGGGAUGGUUGGUAGGGGACUGGCUAGUGAUGGAACGUCUCCUGGGGAAAGAUGGACUCACCGUUUUGAGAAGCUGAGACUCAGUCGGGGAGGGGGGACCUUGAAAGACGGUGCUGGGAUGGUGCAGAGGGAAGAGCUGCUGAGUUUCAUGGGGGCUGAAGAGGCAGCUCCUGACCCAGCAGGUGUGGGUCGGGGAGGGGGAGGGCAACCUCAGUGGCAGAAGUGUCGCUUACUGCUUCGAAGCGAAGGAGAAGGAGGAGGAGGAAGUCAAGGAGGAGGAGGAAGUCGUCUGGAGUUCUUUGUACCACCCAAGGCAUCUCGGCCCCGACUCAGCAUUCCCUGCUCUACUAUCACGGAUGUCCGGACAACCACAGCCUUGGAAAUGCCUGACCGGGAGAACACAUUUGUGGUUAAGGUGGAAGGCCCCUCAGAGUAUAUCCUGGAGACAGCUGAUGCUCAACAUGUGAAGGCCUGGGUGUCUGACAUCCAAGACUGCCUAAGCCCAGGACCAUGCCCUGCUACCAGUCCCCGCCCCAUGACCCUCCCUCUUGCCCCUGGGACCUCAUUCCUUACAAAGGAGAACACAGACAGCCUGGAGCUGUCCUGCAUGAAUCACUCAGAGAGUCUGCCCGGCCAGGAUGUGCUGCUGGGACCCAGUGAGAGCAACGACCGCCUAUCACAGGGAGCAUAUGGGGGUCUCUCAGACCGCCCCUCAGCAUCCAUUUCCCCCAGUUCUGCCUCCAUUGCUGCCUCCCAUUUUGACUCAAUGGAACUGCUUCCCCCAGAAUUGCCCCCCCGCAUCCCCAUUGAAGAAGGACCCCCAGCAGGGACAGUUCAUCCCCUCUCAGCCCCUUACCCUCCCCUGGACACUCCGGAAACAGCCACAGGGUCAUUCCUGUUCCAGGGGGAGUCAGAGGGAGGUGAUGGGGACCAGCCCCUCUCUGGAUAUCCUUGGUUCCAUGGGAUGCUUUCUCGACUCAAGGCUGCCCAAUUAGUGCUGACAGGAGGCACUGGUUCCCAUGGUGUCUUCCUGGUACGGCAGAGCGAGACCAGACAGGGUGAAUACGUCCUCACUUUCAACUUUCAGGGCAAGGCCAAGCACCUGCGUUUGUCUCUGAAUGAGGAGGGUCAGUGCCGGGUCCAGCACCUUUGGUUCCAGUCCAUUUUCGAUAUGCUUGAGCAUUUCCGGGUGCACCCCAUCCCUCUGGAGUCUGGAGGCUCCAGUGAUGUUGUCCUUGUCAGCUAUGUCCCAUCCUCCCAGCGACAGCAGGGUGAGCAGAGCAGGUCUGCAGGGGAGGAGGUGCCCGUGCACCCAAGAAGUGAGGCCGGGAACAGGCUGGGAGCCAUGCAGGGGUGUGCGAGGGAGAUGGAUGCCACCCCGAUGCCUCCUCCACCCUCAUGCCCUUCGGAGCGAGUGACUGUGUAAUCAAACACCUCCCAUGACCUACCCCAGCCCCCUGAACCCCCUUCAUGGACAGAUCUCCCACAUCCUGGGGCAGAAGAGGCGUCGGGGACGCCAGAAGUGGCGGCAGCAACAGCCACAGCAGCCAAAGAGAGGCAAGAGAAAGAGAAAGCGGGCGGUGGAGGGCUCCAGGAAGAGCUGGUCCCCGUGGCUGAGUUGGUCCCCAUGGUUGAAUUGGAAGAGGCCAUAGUGCCAGGCACAGAGGCCCAGGGAGGCAUUGGAUCUGGUGGGGACUCAGGGGUGACCCCGAUGGUGCAGCUCCAGCAGUUACCACGAGGGGGUGACGAAGAAGAAGGGGCCCACCCCAGAGCCAUUAAUAACCAGUACUCCUUUGUGUGAGAUGCCCUAACCCACCCCUCCUCCACUAUGUUCUCCAGCCCUUAGUUCAGUGUGAGACUGGAGACUGGGCUGGGUAGGGACUUAGAGGAGGUAGAAAUCCUUUCCACAUGCUUCCUGACCUUGUUGGCCAAGGGCAUAUAUGUUGGUACAAGCAGAGGUUUAAGAGCCCUGUUGAUUCCCCCUCUCCCUGCCCCCAGUUUAUACACUACAGGUGCCCCCUUCCCCUGGGCAGGGGAUUUGGGCUCCAUUACCUCCCUAAGGGGCUCUUGUGGUCAGCCCCAUCCCUGAGGGCCAUUUCCCCAUUAACCACCCCUGAGCCCAAGAAGGGUGAGAGGGGGAAGGGCUGUCAGUUAUAUUAAGGUUGUUGUUGUUGUUGUUUUAAACAAAAUGGAGAAGCAUAAAUAAAUAAAAGGGUUUAUCUCAGUU